CAAGAAUAUAUGUAAGAUAGAAUGCCACAGUAUAAUGCCACAUAGAAUGCCCGAAUGUACGCCAGACAGAAGGCCAGAAGGUACGCUAGAUAGAAUGCCAGAAUAUAUGGCCCAAAAAAUUGUAAGAUAGACGCUUCUUGCAGCAACGCUGCCGGUGAUCAGCAGAGUAUAAUGCUCUGGUGGGGAUCACUCGUUUUUCAAACAACUCAUUGCCACUCUCACACUUAUUAUUGAUGUUUGUUUCUUUUGGGGAGCCCGUGCAGCAAGCUCUGGAGGAUGGCGCGGAUCACCAGCAAAUGGUCACAGUUGAAACCAUGCAUUCGGUGGCUGACGCGCUCAAGCUUCAGCAAGAUGAGAAGUCCGUGAAUCGAGGCCUUUUUGGCGGGAAGCUGCACGGAAGAUGGCGCCGGAUGGAUGACAAAUCUCUUCUAGGCCGCAUCUACGAAGACAAAAUGAUUUGGCAGCCGCUGUACCAGCAUCCGCCAACUGUGUUGAAGGCAAUGGGUGAAGACAGGGUGUUUAUGGAGCUGGAGGGUGCCCGGCACGAGGGCAUUGUUGUCUAUUCCACUUCAAGCGCCAAACUGCUCAUCAAUUGGAGCGAUGGCGAAGUGUGGACCAAGGAUCCUUAGAGAAUUUACGUUUCACCCGAGCGCGGCCAGGAGCGCGGCGCCAGCCUGAGUGAAGUAUCGAGAAAAAAGGAAACAAAGAGAAGACAUAAAU